UAUAACUUUUCGAAAGCAAUUGAACAACUCCAUCAGGUGCGUGUGUGUGAGAGAGAGAUGGAAAAGGAAGGAAAGAAGCGUCUCCGGGUGGUGCUAGUCCCAUGGCCGUUCCAAGGCCACAUAACCCCAAUGCUUCAGCUGGGCAGCAUCCUCCACUCCAAUGGCUUCUCCAUCACUGUCGUUCACGCCCAAUACAACUCUCCCGACCCUUCAAGCCACCCUAAUUUCAGCUUUCUUCCCUUGCCGGAUACCUCAACGCCCAUCUUCUUAACUGGCGAGAUAAUGGCUUCUGUAGUGCAGCUCAAUGCCAAUUGCAAAGCUCGUUUCCAGGAAUGCUUGGCUGAAGCGAUGAGGCAACAGGGCUCGGACGAUGGAAUCGCCUGCAUCAUCCACGAUGAGAUGAUGUACUUUUCCCAAGCAGCGGCAAAGGAUCUUAAGCUUCCAAGCAUCGUUUUACGCACAGCUAGUGCUUCCCAUUUUCUUGCCCGUACUGCCCUUAUCCAACUCAAGACAGAAGGCCACAUUCCCUUCCCAGAAUCUAUGUGGCAGGAUCCAAUUCCGAAUUUUUAUCCACUCAGGUUCAAGGAUUUACCCCUUUUUGGAAAAUCAGAGAACUAUUUGCCUCUAGUGAGUAACUUUUUUAUGAAUAAAAUAUCUUCACCCAUUAUUUAUAAUACAAUUGACUGCCUUGAAAGUUUAUCAUUGGCAAAGAUCCAACAGCUAUGUCAAGUUCCAAUCUUCCCAAUAGGCCCUAUGCAUAGGGUUGCCUCGGCCUCCUCUAGUAGCGUAUUGGAAGAGGACACCAGUUGCUUGACAUGGCUUGAUAAGCAAAGUUGUAAAUCAGUCAUUUAUGUAAGUUUAGGAAGCUUAUCAUUCAUGGACAUUGAAGAGCUUGUUGAGAUGGCUUGGGGGAUAGCAAACAGUCAACAACCUUUCUUGUGGGUGAUUCGGCCAGGCUCAAUUCGUGGUGCAGAAUGGAUUGAGGUAUUACCCGAAUAUUUUACAAAAAGUAUUGGCGAGAAGGGUUACAUCGUGAAAUGGGUACCCCAAAAGAAAGUUCUUGCGCACAGUGCAGUGGGAGGGUUUUUGAGCCAUUGUGGAUGGAAUUCAACGCUAGAGAGUAUUUGCGAAGGAAUUCCAAUGAUAUGUAGACCGUGUUUUGGAGAUCAGAGAGUGAACGCAAGGUAUGUGAGUCAUGUAUGGAAGGUAGGCCUAGAAUUGGAGAAUGAGAUCGAGAGAAGUGAGAUAGCGAGAUCAGUAAGAAGAGUAAUGGCGGAAAAGGAAGGGGAGGACAUGAGAGAAAGGGCUAAGAAUUUGAAGGAGAAUAUUGAACUUUGCAUUAAAGAAGGUGGUUCUUCCAACAAUACUUUGAAGAGGGAUGGUUUAACUACCAAAUAUAGGAUGAGCUUGUGGGGAUAUACUGGAUCUAUGGUCUGUCUUUUCUGCCAUGGACACAUAGAGACCAAGGAACAUCUUUUCUUCAGCUGCAGUUUCAGCCGAAGAAUUCGGAGGGUGAUUUUGGCAGAUUGUGGAGUGGUUGAUCCCCCUGUCUCCUGGAAUGAUGUGGUUAACUGGUUUAAAGGGGGGAUGAAUAACAAAAGCUUGAAAUCAGCUCUUUGAAGGCUGAGUUUGGGAGCGGCAGUGUAUCAUCUCUGGAAGCAGAGAAACGAUCUUCUCCAUGGCAAUCCUGCUAGACCAGAAGAAGCUAUAGUUCUACAGAUUAAAUGGCAAGUACGGGCAAGGUUGCUUACUAAAGGAUCUGUGAAAAUGAUUGGGGAUAAAAUUGGUCUUGUCCAUCUCUGGAACCUCCAAACUCUAAUUCAGGUUUAAUUUGAGUUUUCCAGCUGCUGCUGGGUUAUGUUGUUUUGGUUGAUUUGCUAUUCUUAGUCAGGGAUUGUCCUGACCUUGGUUUGUUCUGUGUUUCUUAGUGGUUCUUUUUGCUAUUGUAGAUUGACGUUGUAGUUGUUCUAAGUCGGGGGUUAUCCUGACCUUGGUUUGUUCUGUGUUUCUUAGUGGUCUUUUUGGUGUUGCUGUUUGAGUUUGUCUGUUUAGGGGAUAUGUCCCUUUGCAGCAGUUGAUUCCAGUUCUUACUGGAGGGUGUAUUGUUGUGUUUGAGAUUUAUAAAGAGAUUUAUUCAUCCAAACAAAAAAAAGAGAGAGUUAUAAAUGUAGCAUUUUUCUUUCAA